UUCGCAGCGUUUGAGCGACUGAGUUCUCGAGCGAUGCGGCAGAAGUAUUACAUUGAAGCGGCUGCUCGGGGCCUGGUGGGAAGCUGCCCGGGCCAGGCUCGGUACCUCCUAUGGGCCUACAGUUCGACACACGAGGAUAACAGCACUUUCCAGGAAACAUGUCCACACUGCUUCCAAUUGUUGGUUCUGGAUAACUCUAGAGUGCGCCUCAAACCUAAAGCCAAAUUGACACCAAAGAUACAGAAACUUCUUAAUCGGGAAGCAAGAAAUGAUACACUCAGUUUUAAAGAAGCAAAACUGUUGAGAAAGUAUAAAGACUCUACAAGUGUGCUGCUGAUUACCUGUAGAACAUGCAACAGAACAGUGAGACACCAUGGUAAGAGUAGAAGCUUUCUGUGGGCUCUGAAGAGCAACGCCGCCACUGCUGCCAACAAGGCCAGCCCGAAGACGCCAAAGAGAACGGCUCCAGGCUCUGCAAACCUCGGUCAGAGUACAAAUGGUUCCAAAGGCAAGAGUCCCUCCUUGACCAUCAGAACACCUACAUCUGGACAGUCAACACCCAUUUGCUCCUCAAGGAAUGGGAGCAAAAGAAAAAAACACUUCUCUCAACUAAAAGCACUGCUUAGUCAGAGUGCAUCUGACAAGAACCCAAAGCUGGACUUCAGGCACUUCUUAUCUUCUCUAUGAAGAGAAUGGCCUCUGAAAGAAAGAACUGUCUAGUGCAGCUUUUGUCCUCACUUUGAUGUCUGAGCACAUGGAAACCAAGUCAAAAGCAAGCUGUUCUCGUCACCCUUCAGUGCUGUGGGAAGUGCCUCAUUAAACCAAGCCUCCUCGGCCUCCCUGGUGAAUGUGAAGACCAAAAAGUAAAGGACCAAAGGGAAAGGUACUGCUGCAGCCACGCCUACAGCUCUAUCUUAUCUCCAGGACCAACGGAGCAGAAGGAACCCCAGCCUACAGGUUGUUCUCUGAGCUCCACAUGAGUGCCCGCCCUGCAGCAGAUGAAUAAAUGUAAUAAACGGCUUUGAAAACUAA